CAUCACACAAUCAACUCUCAAACUCCAACCAACUACAACUACCACUUCCAAACCUCCAACCAACCAACCACAAACAAUCAACAUGUCUGACUCCAUGCGCAAGGGCCUCGGCGAGCAAGCCUCAGAGAAGAUCACCCCCGACUCCCAGAAGUCCACCACCGAGAAGGCCAGCGAGAGCCUCACCGGAGCCGGUGACCGCAUUGCCGGCGCCGUCCAGCCUGAGGGCCAGAAGUCCACCGGACAGAAGCUCGGUGACGCGACCCGCUCCGGCGGCGACGAUGCGUCCAACCAGGGCCAGGGCGUCAUGAAGCAAGCCCAGGACAUGGCCUCCAACGCUGGCCAGAGCAUCUCCGACACCCUCUCCGGCGCCACUGGCCAGAAGAAGUAAAGCACUUCUCUUCUUGUUUGCCUGGUAGCCACGAUGCCCUUCUUCCUCCCCUCUCUCUUGUAUGGCAUGAAGACCUGAGAAUGGACCAACAUGGUAUUGCGAUGGAUGGAACGAAACAUACCCUUUCGGCGUGAAAGCCGCGUAUCUAUAUACCCUACCAAUGAAUGAAAUAAUGACUUGAUCAAACAUACUGGCGCCUUUGCCGUGAC